GCGGCUGAAGGUAUUCUAUAAAGCCGCAGGCCGUAGCAGAGAACGAACCACUCGCAGACUUUCAGCGACUCGCCCGAGCGGGAAAAUAUUGUCGGAAGUUAGGGUUUUCGCGACUCGGCGUUAGUCGGAUUCGCUUGGGAUUUCCUCCAAUUGGGCUGCUCUGCUUACUUUCUUCUUCCAGCCUCGUGUAGGUUUCAGCGAGAGAACACAGACCGUCAAGAUGAGGAUUAUGAUAAAGGGCGGGGUGUGGAAGAACACCGAGGAUGAGAUCCUUAAGGCGGCGGUUAUGAAAUAUGGGAAGAAUCAAUGGGCUCGCAUAUCUUCGCUUCUCGUUCGUAAAUCCGCGAAGCAGUGUAAGGCUCGGUGGUACGAAUGGCUGGACCCAUCGAUCAAAAAGACUGAGUGGACCAGAGAAGAGGAUGAGAAACUGCUCCAUCUUGCUAAGCUCAUGCCCACACAAUGGAGAACAAUUGCACCCAUUGUUGGCCGUACUCCGUCCCAGUGUCUCGAAAGAUACGAGAAGCUCCUUGAUGCUGCCUGUGUUAAGGAUGAUAACUAUGAACCCAAUGACGACCCUCGCAAGCUGCGUCCCGGGGAAAUUGAUCCGAAUCCUGAAUCUAAGCCGGCACGUCCAGACCCUGUUGAUAUGGAUGAGGAUGAGAAGGAAAUGCUUUCUGAAGCAAGGGCCCGGUUAGCCAACACCAGGGGAAAGAAGGCCAAAAGGAAAGCCAGAGAAAAACAGCUUGAAGAGGCUAGGAGGCUUGCUUCCUUGCAGAAAAGAAGAGAACUUAAAGCGGCUGGUAUUGAUGUUAGGCAAAGGAGGAGGAAAAGGAAGGGGAUUGACUAUAAUGCUGAAAUUCCCUUUGAGAAGAGGCCUCCUCCUGGCUUCUAUGAUGUUGCUGAUGAAGAUACAACAGUAGAACAACCUAUGUUCCCUACUACUAUUGAAGAACUUGAAGGGAAACGAAGGGUUGAUGUAGAAGCGCAAUUGAGAAAGCAGGACAUAGCAAAGAACAAAAUUGCUCAGAGGCAGGAUGCUCCAGCUGCCAUCCUGCAAGCUAACAAGCUAAAUGAUCCUGAAGCAGUUAGGAGGAGAUCAAAGCUUAUGCUACCUGCACCGCAGAUUUCUGAUCAUGAAUUGGAGGAAAUUGCAAAAAUGGGCUAUGCUAGUGAUCUCAUUGCUGAGAGCGAGGAACUAACAGCAGGGAGUGGUGCAACACGUGCACUUCUUGCGAACUACUCCCAGACACCUCAUCAGGGAAUGACGCCGUUGCGCACCCCACAGAGAACUCCUGCAGGUAAAGGUGAUGCCAUCAUGAUGGAGGCAGAAAACCUUGCUCGGUUGAGAGAGUCACAGACUCCAUUAUUGGGUGGAGAUAACCCUGAAUUGCAUCCCUCAGAUUUUUCUGGUGUGACUCCUAGGAAACGGGAAAUUCAAACUCCAAAUCCCAUGCUGACUCCUUCUAUGACUCCCUCAAUGACUCCUUCUAUGACUCCAGGAAGGGCCAGUGUUACUCCUAGAGUUGGCAUGACACCUUCACGUGAUGGAUACUCUUUUGGUAUGACUCCAAAGGGGACACCCAUCAGGGAUGAACUCCAUAUAAAUGAAGACAUUGAUAUGCAUGAUAGCGCUAAGCUUGAGCGGAGAAAGCAAGCUGAUCUGAGGGAGAAUUUGCGAGCUGGUCUUAGUAAUUUGCCACAGCCCAGGAACGAAUACCAAAUUGUUGUACAACCACCUCCAGAAGAGUCGGAGGAACCAGAAGAGAAGAUUGAAGAGGAUAUGUCCGAUAGGAUGGCCAGAGAAAAGGCUGAGGAGGAUGCACGGCUGCAGGCAUUGCUUCGGAAGAGAUCAAAGGUGCUGCAGAGGGAGCUCCCAAGGCCCCCUGCUGCUUCUUUGGAAUUGAUUAGAAGUUCUCUGCUGAGAGCUGAUGGAGACAAGAGUUCGUUUGUUCCUCCAACGGUGAUUGAACAAGCUGAUGAACUGAUAAGAAAAGAGCUUCUACAAUUAUUAGAGCAUGAUAAUACGAAGUAUCCACUUGAUGAGAAACCAAAUAAGGAUAAAAAGAAAGGUACCAAGCGUUCAGCAAAUGGCCCUGCUGCCCCUAUACCUGUCAUAGAGGAUUUUGAGGAAGAUGAGCUACAAGCGGCCGACACUUUGAUAAGAGAAGAGUCUGAAUAUGUACGUGUCGCAAUGGGGCAUGAGGGUGAGUCUCUUGAAGAAUUUGUUGAAGCACACACAACUUGCCUGAAUGAUUUGAUGUAUUUUCCUACUCGGAGUGCUUAUGGUCUUUCCAGUGUUGCUGGAAAUAUGGAGAAAUUGGCUGCCUUGCAGUUUGAAUUUGAGAAUGUCAAGACAAGGUUGGAGGCUGAAAGAGAGAAGGCAUUACGCCAUGAAAAGAAAGUGAAUGUUCUGACUCAAGGUUAUCAGAUACGUGCUGAAAGGCAGCUUAUGCCACCAAUCGACUCAAUCUUGAAGCAAAUAGACAUUGCUGGAACGGAAUUGGAAUGUUUCCAAGCAUUACAAAAGCAGGAGCAGUUAGCUGCAUCACAUAGGAUUAAUAGUCUGUGGGAGGAGGUACAGAAGCAGAAGGAGCUGGAAAAAGCUCUUCAACAACUAUAUGGAGAUCUUGUCUCCGAGUUGGAGAGGACGCAGCUGCUUGUCAAACAUUACAGAGAACAGGCCAAACAAGAAGAGAUUGAUGCUAAGAAACGUUCGAUUGAACUGGCCACUACUGUUCAAGAUGAUGCCAUGGUAGAUGCUGAAAUAUCCGAGCAGCCGGUGCCAACAGAUGGUCCUGUGCCCAUCAGUUCUUCAACUUGUGAUGAAAUUGCACCACCUCCAGAGACCGAUCCGGCUCAAGAACAUCUCACUGCAGAUUAUAAACCCGGCAUGGAUGUUGAGUCUGGGACAAUAAGUGGAGAUGUCAUCUCAUCUGAUGAUGCAAAUGCAGAACUAGUCGCCAGCACUGGCGUUGAUGAUGGUACAAUGAACCCUGAGGUUGGUGUAAAGCGGGGUUCAAUUUCUUCAGACCAAGGCCGAGUCCCAAGUGCCGAAGUUGAAGAACACAAGGGAGAAAGGGAUGAGAAUGUUGUGAAGGCGAAUGUGGAGGACGUUACCAUGUCUGAAUAAGCAGCGGACAAAGCCGGAUGGAGAAGGAGAGCCAUAAGAUCUUAUUGCAGAAGAAGAGUGAAGCUUGGAAUUGCAUGGAACCUAGCAUCCCUGUACUUCAUCAGCGAGAACAAUCAUGAGAGUGAAGCCGUAGAGCCUCAAUUGUCUAGGUGAUAGGGGUGGGCACUCGGUUCGGUAAACCCGAACCGGACCGAACCGAACCGAGCUUAAACCGAACCGAAACCGAACUAUUGUUAUUCGGUUCGGAAUUCGGAAAGGAAAUCUGUAUAAUUCGGAAAUCAUGGUUCUUUUGACCGAACCGAGAUUCCGAAUGCCGAACCGAAAAACCGAAAUACUGCCUAAGCCCACAUAUUACUAUCCAUUCUUCAAGCCCACUCUCUCACUCCCAUAGCCCAACUACCCAAAUCACUCACAAACUCACACUCACAAAGCCCAAACUUCUCCCACUCACGGCAAAACCCAAACUUCUCUCAUACUAAUUGCUAAACCUAGAUCAAAAUUUCAACACCCUCCUCCUUGUUAUUCAGCGGCGGCCACUUUUAUCAAGCCUCUGAUUCCUCUCCCACAAGUCACAAGAUCUAGAAACCCACCAGCCCCUCCUGUCGCCGCCGCCGCAGCAUCUUUGAAAUCUGCCUCGCCACUGCCGCUGUCUCUUCCUCGCCCCUAUUCUCCGUCCGUCGCCGCAACUGGUUUAUUCUCCUCCUCCCUCCUUCUAACCAAACCAAAUGCCGCCAUCCCUCCAAUCCGUCGCCUUGCUCUGCUCUACUCCCAUCUGGCCAAUGAACGCUGACGCCGACAACAGCCAUCCCUCCAAUUCGAACCGAUGCCCACCCCUAAUCUAGGGAGCAUAUUCUUAGUGGGAGUCUGGGAGAUAGAUGAUAGAGAUUAAUUGAGAGAAAAUCAGGGGAGUAGAUUUUGGGGAGAUAGAGGAGAGAUGAGAGAGAGAGAGAUUGAUUGAUGGGGAACAGAUUGUGAGUGGGGAGAUGGAGAGACGAGAGAGAGA